UGCAGCGAUGGGAAAAAAGCUCGCCGUUUGUUCAAAGUUAUAACGGUCCGAACCUCUUGUCCUCACCGUCGGCUCUGAAAGCUCGUCCCUGCGCUCCAAGAUGAACAGAAUUAUUCUCCAGCUCUUUGCAGUCGGAUUCUGCUUUGCAGUCGGUCAAGCUCUGCAGUGCUACAAAUGUAAACUUGGUCUCUGGGACCUGUGCCUAACAACUAAAGUAACAUGUGAAAGUGGAGAACAAUGCUUCAGUGGUGUCGGAACAGCAGCCAGCUUUGUGGAUGUCAAGAUGAAGGGCUGUCUAGCAGUGGCCGAGUGCAACCAGACCAAGGAAGUGAACUUCCCCUCCAGUGACUCCAACUCCACCGUCUACAAGAUGAUGAAGACGUGCUGCAACACCGACCUGUGCAACACCGCACCCGGUCUGCCCGGCACCUCCGGGCUGAGCCUGGCCGUGGCCACCUUCACGGCUCUGUUUGUGACCAAGGUCCUGGUUUGACGGGAUAUGCAGUAGAUGAAAUAAAGUUCACACAGACAUAAAACACACACACACACACACACACUCAUACUCAUGGGUCGUGUCUCCUAUCUUUGCUUUUGAUUUCAGACAAGUGUGCAUAUCAGUUAAAGUUAAAUUCCCUCUUCUGUUCAAUGUGUCCCAGCCCUCAUUUCAAAAUGAGAUAUUAAAAUGUUCUGUCGCUUAACUAGGCAGUAUAAAGUACAGAUUCAGGGCCGUGUGUGCCAUUUGCAUGAAUCACAUGUUGGGCAAUAAUUUGAUGUGGUGGGUAAAUUCAUCAUGCAUCAUCAUGGGAUGAGUCCAUCAUUAAGAAAAAUGUGCUUAUUCACUUUCGGUGUCAGAGUCCAAUCAGUGGAUUGAUGUCACUCUAAUUUGUGCCAGGUAAAUCUGAAGCUACAGCCUGUAGCUUGUUGGCUUAGCUUAGCAUAAAGACCGGAAACGGGAAACCAGCCUCGUUCUGUCUGAGGGUAAGAAGAAAAAAUUGUCUACCAACACCUCCAAAGCUCAUUGAUUGAACACUUCAUAGCUUGUCUGUUUUAUCUGUACAGAUGUAAAAACAAGUUGUUUGUGAGCUUUAAAGGUGUUGGUAAGCAUAUAGGUUUACUGUCAGACUGAGCCAGUUUAGCUGCUUCGCUCAGUUUUCAGUCUUUAUGCUAAGCUAAUGACUCCUGGCUGUUGUUUCCUUUACACACGGGACAGUCAUGUUGUUCCUCUUAUUAACUCUGUGCAGGAAGAGGAAUAAGCAUACUCUUAAAAUAUUGAACCAUCCCUUUAAUUUAUUGCCUUAGGCCCACAUUUUACAGCCAUUAUAUUCAAAUGCCAAUAUAUAGAUUUCCAAGCUUCUCUGAACAUUUGCUGCCUUUUGAUUUGUGUUUACUUUAUUAACAUGUGGCAACAUAAUGUAAAUUGUCUCUUGCUUUAUGUCUGGUAUUGUCUGUGAAAACAUUUCUUUUUAUUUCGCUGAUAAUAUCCUUUUUUUGACCCAAGCAGCUCCAUAUAUUCUGUUGUUGUUCCGUUUUAUUUUUUAUAAUUGUGUUGAAUCCACACUGCACAUUGCUGACAAAACUGUGGGAUAAAAGCUAUUGAUUAUCUCGCUGGUAUGUGAAGGGAGAAGGAAGUUAAACUGAUCAUGUUGAUUGCAGAUAUUAAAUGUAAUUGAGAUGCAGUAAUUUGAAAUUUGUCAGAGCCAAAUUGACACCAUUGCUUUCCAAAAAAAAAAGAGGGAAAUAUGUAGGUCUGCCUGAAAUUGGUUUGUGAAAUUGCAUCAAAUUUUCUACAUUUUCUACAGAUUUGUCAAUAAAUAUCCAAACAGGGAAGAAAAUACUUCUGUGUGGUGUUCCUGGUUUGAUUUGGAUUCUGCUGUCCUCUUGUCCCUUGGUUGUGUGCACUCCAGACUGGUUUUUCCGGUUUCAGUCCUCACAGUACUGAUACCGCUGCUGCUACUGGUAUGAGGUUCAGCCUUUGGCAUAAAACUGAAAUAUUUGGUGUGAGAGAAAAUUGCAGGUCUUAAAAUUAAACCGUACAGACAAAUUGAAGUCAUAGGCUUGAUAACUCAAGUGGGAAAUCUAUCAAAUUAAGUGUGAGUGAAGUAUGAAUCCACAUCUUCAGUUUUCUAACACAAACUGAAUGUUUCUGUCAAUUUUCUGAAUCCAAUUUUACUGUUUUUUUUUUUAAUUCAUAUCUUCCCUUCAGUAGAGGAUUAUGAGGCUCUUCUUUUUCUGCAUCAUGGUUUAUUUUUCAAACUCGCCACAUUAAUACGCUUGGACCUGAAACUGCUGGUUUGUUCAUUGAUUGGUUGAUUGUCAGACUCUGAUAAUUUCUGUCAUUCAGGCUAAAAUGACGAAGGAAGUUUUGGCGUUUUUCUGUGUUAUAAACGAUAGUAAACUGAAUAUUUCUGGUUUUUCACUGUUGGUCAAAUAAAGCUAUGAAUGGGUUCUGGAA